AUGUUCAUCCCGACCACCACUCCCACUCCCUCACCCACCCCUUCCUUCACAUCCUCCUUCCUCUUCGACACUACCACAUCUUCCUUCCUCACCAUUACCACCAUCGCAACAACAACAACGCUGCCAACACUGACGCCUACGCCUACGCCUACGCCCGCGAACCUCGCCAGAAACGAGAAUACUGCAGUUCUGACGCCUGAGUCUGCGAUUGCAAUUGCUUUUGGCCUCGCUACGCUAGCACUUUCUAUUGCCGUUGGCGUGCCGCAGCUACUCAUGUUGUCUCGUCGGCGUCAUCGUCGUGGUUCGGCAGCGUGA